UAUUAUUUUAAUUGUAUACAUGCAUGCUAUUGCUGUAUGUAUUAUAUAAUAUAUAUAUAUUGCCAUGGCCUGUGGACAAAAAUCCUUCUUGCCCAUGGCCUACCUGGUUAUUGAUCAACCCUAAAAGCACUACGCCUGCAUCCCCAUAUAUACCCCCAAAUCCAUAUCCGAUCUUCCUUCCUCACCUGCCUGAUUUGCAAGAUACACAAUUUCUGAAUUUAAUUGUAUAUAUAUUUUAGAGCUUUGAUUUCAUGGCUGUACCUGUACAUGUGUUGUUUUGAAAUGGCUAGGCUAUUCAGGGCGGCAGGGGAGCUGAUUUUGCUGGUCGUUUUUACAGUCGCGUGGAGGUCACGUGCCGCCACAACGGAGCUGCUCGGAGGUUUCAGAGCCACUCCGGAUCCAUCGGUCACAGAUUUUCAGCCUUUACUCGUCGACUCCUCCGGUAACUUCUCGCUAGGUUUUCUCCGUGUCAACGGCAGCCACCUCAGUCUUUCCGUCGUCCACGUUCCAUCGUCGGUGACUCUGUGGUCCGCCGGAGCUACACGUUUGGCUCGAUGGAAGAACCCCACAGAGCUCUUAUUCAAUGGCAGCCUAGUUUUGUCAGACUCCAAGACGGGGGUAUUUUGGUCAACUCACAGUUCUGGAGACCGUGUUUGGCUUUCCAAUAAUUCGAAUCUCGAAAUUCAGAGCCGCGACGGCGCCGGCGCCGCCGAUGGAACCCGUACUGUCUGGCAAAGCUUCGACUUCCCGUCGGAUACCCUCGUCGUAAACCAGAACUUCACCAACACCACGGCUUUAACCUCAUCGAACGGGCUUUAUUCGAUGCGAUUGGGCCAAAAUUUCUUCGGAUUAUACGCCAAGUUCACCAGCUCCGACGAACCUCCCGAUCAGAUUUAUCUCCGGCACGGCGCGUUGGAGGCGAAGGCAGAAAUAAUCGAAGGCCGGCCGGUUCAAUUAAUACUCCAACCCGGCGGCUAUUUAGGCAUGUACCAGAACGGUUCACUUCCGGCCGACGUGCUCCCUUUCGACACAUUCCAGCAAAACCUGACCGGCUUCCGCCGCGUCCGAAUCGAACCGGACGGCAAUCUUAAAGCAUACUACUGGACCGGGUCGAAUUGGAUUCUCGACUACCAGGCCAUAACCGAUUUCUGCGAAUUACCGACCGCCUGCGGUCCGUACGGUUUAUGCAAACCGGACAAUGAAUGCUCCUGUUUAGACAACCGGACGGCUCAUCGUGAUCCCGGCGGCUGCGCGCCGUCGCGAAAUCAAAUUUCCGGCGACUUCUGCGGCGCGUACGACGGCCGUUUCAAAGUGCUGAGAAGAACCGGCGUGGAGUUGCCGUUUAAAGAACUGAUGAAGUACAAAACGAUGUCGUCUAAUGAGGAGUGCGAAAUGGAGUGCUCCCGGAAUUGUUCCUGCUGGGGGGCGGUGUACAGCAACUCCUCCGGGUUCUGCUACACGCUGGAAUUCCCGGCGCAGACGCUGCUGGCGGUGGCGGACGGCGGCAAGAUGGGGUACUUCAAGGUGCGGGAGGGUGCGAGGAAGAAGGAGGUGGGUGGGUGGUUGGGGUUGGUUAUAGGGGCAAUAUUGGUAUUCGGAGUAAUUGCAGGGGUAGUUUGGUACAGGUGGAAGAAGAGAAGGGACAGGGUGAAGGGUUGCGUGGCGGAGGAGGGCGUCGUGGGCAACAUCGGACCGUACAAGGAUUUGGGGGCUGCAAGUUUUAGGUCAAUUGAAUUGUGCGAGAGAUGACGUAAGGGAUGACCUCUUUCGGAUGUCCGAAUUGUAUUUUAAUCCCGUCCGCAAAUCUUGGCCGUCCGAUCGCGCUGAAUUGUCGGACGGGUGGGAUUAGUUUGGUUGGGAUACCAUGAAAACAACACAACGCAUUUUAUAUUACUA